ACUCAACAGCCGAGCAGUUCUGACAGGGCACAUAGGCGGGACGAUAGAUUACCCACCUUCCAACACCAAGCAAACUCCCGUCUUCUCCAACUAUCGGCGCGACGCCCUUAUGGCUCAGAAGAAGAGGACUGGAGAUGCGCUCCAAGUGCUACUGUGCUCCUGUGUCUUCUACACGGUACACUGGCGACGCCGUCUGCCGCGGCAACAACACACCCGCACGUCGUGCACGAUCUCUCAGACAGCCUGAGUUCUGCUGCCUACCUGCUCUGCAUGAUUCGACGGCAAGACAUGCUGCGUGGCCGACGACGGCCCAUACCGACACCGGCGUCGUCGAACACCAUUACGAGAUCAUGUUUGCAAAGCAGCAGGCCAACAUGCAGGGCGGGUGGAAAUGGUGCAGCAGGUGCUAUGGCCUGGCGUUCUCGCAGAAGCAAGUCAGACUAGGACUGGGUCCGUCCUCGAGGACGGAGACAAGCAUGACUUUGGGAAUCGGGGUCAGAACUUCGCGAUUAGGAGGACCGGUGGUUGUGCCGCAGCUCGGCGACUUGCCCGUCGGCGGACAUUGCAAGGACGGCUCCAACGCACACGUGCUGACCUAUGCUUGACGUCCUCAUUGACGAGUAGGUCUUUGCGGUGUAUCUUGGCUUGCUGGUCUCAACAUGUUCAACAGGCACAGAAAUGGAUAUUCCUGUGGUGCAGCUUUCCCGCUGUGUCACGGGCAUAGUUGGACACAUCCACUCCAAAAAUCUUCUCGUGCCGAAGGCUAUUGUCAGCAAUAUUCACGGUUGAUCGAUCAGCUGAUCCCGGUCAGCUCCUGCAACCUGAAUGCUUCGACUGAACCAAAGCAUCUCUGCACUAACGUUAGUCUUCGUUGAACUUGGUACGAG